GGGGUGGACAAACGAUAGGCUGACAGUUUUACACGUGUAUCAACUAAAACGAAAGUCGUAGGUCACCGAAAGAAAUCCAGGACGGUUCCACAAAAGUCAUUCCUUUUGCUAAAGAAUUGAUACAGCAGUCAAUUCAAUAUAAAUUUAGAAUAGAUAAUUAAUCUGAGACAGCUAUUGUGAGGAUCAGUGACACUGAAGUCUGAAGAUUGAGAUACAAUUCAUCGUCCAUCGUGUUUUGUUUACAUUUUUAUUUUCUUUUAUUAACGUGUUGUGUCCGGGUGUAACUCAACUCACUGUGCCCUUGUGGCCGGUUACCUCAAUUUCCAGGUGAAAGUGUUUUAAAUACAUUUCCGAAGAGAUAUUAUUCAUUAUUUUAGAUAUGUACCGAUAAUGCAUUUCUUCACACACUCCAGCUUCAACCCAAAUCAAAACACAAUUAUGGUUUUGCCAGAAUCAUCUUACAAUAACUACCAGUACCAGUAUAGAGGGAAGCUUUGGCAAAAGAAAAGUUACAUGUAUUUGAAACAAUUUCAUGGGCUGUUACACACCGAUACUAUAUUCCUUCAGCUCAGUUUAAUAUUUAUCAUUAGUUUAAUAUUUCUAGGACCAUGCGAGGGUUCAAAACUUUACAAGUGCUCAGUGUGUAAAACUAUAGCAGAUGACUUCUUUAAAGGGAUGAAAGAGACAGCCAAAUCUAAUUAUGGUGGGGGUAAUACUAACUGGGAGGAGAAAUCAUUAGGUGCAUAUGCGAAAAGUGAAAUAAGAUUAAUAGAAGUCAUGGAGUAUCUUUGUAAAGGGGGUGACAAGGAAUGUCAUCAUAUGUUAGAAGAACAUGAAGAGCUUAUUGAGACAUUUUGGUAUAAAGAGUUUGGAAAAAAUAAUAAUAUAGACCUUCAUACAUGGUUAUGUAUAGAAAAUAUUAAGGCUUGUUGCCCUGGAAAUACUUUUGGACCUGAGUGUUCUCCCUGUUUAGGAAGCAUAGAGCGGCCAUGUACUGGUAAUGGAGAUUGUGAUGGUGGAGGAACACGACAAGGAAAAGGAACAUGUAGCUGUCAUAGUGGAUACACAGGGGAAUUAUGCAAUGAAUGCACUGAUGGUUAUUUUGAGGAAAUGAAAAAUGAUACACACACAGUGUGUACUAAUUGUCAUGAAUCCUGUAAGUUGACAUGUUGGGAAUCGGGUCCACAGGGGUGUGAUGAAUGUAAAGAUGGAUAUGAGAUAAUAGAUGAGACUUGUAUGGAUAUAGAUGAAUGUAAAGUUGAUGGAAAUAAUCCUUGUGAUAAAAACAAGAUGUGUGUUAAUAAUGAAGGGUCCUAUAGUUGCACUGAUAUACCCCAAGAUGAGAACCAUAAUGACGCAGAAGAUAAUGUGGACGGUGAGGAUGAAAAUAAAACUUACACAGAAGUGGAUAAUAAAGCUAGUGACAAUGAAAAUAAGCAGACAGACACUAAUGAUAAAACUGUAUUAACAAAUGAAAAAGAAGAAUUAUAAAAGUAAUUUAAAUAAUAAUUCAUUGUUUUGUUGAAUACACAGAAAUAAUUCUACAGAUAGAUCUAUCAUAAAAUAUUGAUCAUUAAUAGUAUAUAAAAAUUUGUCUAAUUUCAUAGUAUAUAAAAAUUUGUCUAAUUUCAUAGAAUAAAUUGUUCAAUAGAUUUGAUUAUGCUUUGAAUAGCUGGGGAACAAAUAUAUUAAAUUCAGUCUCAGCUAAUGAUUUCUGUUCAAAUUAUAAAUAUAUAAAGAUGUCAGUAUUAUAUAA